CGAAAGCAUUAAUGGAUAACGUAACAUAUAUCCCGGAGAAAUUGGAAGUUUGGAAUAGAGAGCUAGCAGAUAGGUUAAUUUCGAAUACUGUGAUAUUGUCUCUGUUUAUAAUAGUAGGGCUUUUGGGAAAUUCUACUGUUAUCAUUAUCUACAGCUUUAUCAUGAAAAGCGACAAAGAAGAGCGGUAUUUUAUUCCGUUCCUUGCCGCUGUGGAUCUAUGUGCUUGUCUCGUUUGCGCUUCUUCCGGAAUUGCUAACAAUAUGAUGCAGGCGACGUUUGAAAACAAUUUUGCAUGUAAAACGAUGCAAUUCCUUGGACCGCUUUUUACUUUUAGCUCUAUUUUAUUUCUGUUAAUCAUUGCUGUGCACAGAUAUCUCAAAGUCUGCAAACCAUUUGGAAAGCAGAUGACGUUAAGGUGGAAACAAUUUGCAAUGUGCUUGAGUUUGAUAACGUCUCUAAUAUUUUCUUUACCUAUGAUUUAUUUUCACGGAGUAGUGUCCUUUCCAAACACCGAAAAAGGAAUCGUUGGUUUGAGAUGCAGCAGGUCAAAAUCUGCCAAUAAAACAUUGUCUUUGAUUUUUGGGGGCCUCUUGGUCAUUGCGACAGUUGCAAUUAUUCUUUCACUAGUUAUUAUGUAUUCAAAAAUAGGAUACACAAUUCUGAUACAUUUCAGAAACACCAAAACUAUUAACGGAAAUAAAAUUCAUCCAGAGAUGGAAAAUUCGACCGAUGUCGAUAAGUCUCGGAAAAGAAUCUCGAGCCACGAAGAUCCACUUUGCGACGAGAAGGACAAAAACUAUACCAUUCAGACGGACAACACGGAUCUAUCCGGUUACUGUUCUGCGGAAACGGACAACGCUGUGUUAUCCAGUAUGUAUUCUCCCCAUACAUCUGUACAGACAACAAAGAAAGACUGUGAUACGAGAACAACAGCUCAAGGUAACGAUAACCGCUGUAAGACAAGAGGACGACGUCGAAAGGGAAAACACAAUCGGAUAGUGGUGUACAAAUUUACCCUGAUGUUCAUGCUCAUAACAGCCAUAUUCCUCAUCUGUUAUAUUCCUAAAGUCAUUAUUAUCAUGUUCGAAGCCAGCAAUCCGAAAUUCUGGGAGGAACUUUCAGAUUCUACAAGAACUGGCGUUUUGUUUGUGUACAGAAUGUACAUCAUAAACAAUAUCACAAAUCCAUUUAUAUAUGCAUUCCUUGACAAGAAGUUUGCCAAAGAAAUUAAGAAGUUGUUUAAAGUUUGUAUAAGAAAAUAAUGUACAGAUUUAUUAAUGAAUAUAAUUUUUUCACUAUUACUUAUUAAUGGAAAAGAAUAUUUCAGAUAUUGAUAACUGUUUAAAGAUAUUUAUCAAUAAUUAAUAGAUUAUAUCUAUAUUGAGUCUAACCUUGUUUUCAAUAAUAAGCUGCUACAUAUAUGAUUGUACAAUUAAA